AUGUUUGAUUUUUUGAAGGAUGACAACUUUCUUCAGCUUACUUGUCAUGUGAACUCGUUUUCACGUCAGAAAUUGACAUCUUCUGUUUUCGCCGAAUUGAUGCAGAACUUCUAUGAUUUAGGAUGGAUGAGAGGGUCUGGAGGAGCUAUGGGUUGCUUACAAGAAGAAUUGUUGUUCAUAUCUCCAUCUGCAUUACAAAAAGAAAGAAUAAUUAGCGAUGAUCUGUUGAUAUAUGACGUAGAGAAGAAGACAGCAGUACAAUUGCCUAAGGACACUCAACCGUCGUCAUGUGCUCCUCUGUUCAGUCUUAUAAUGAAUGCAACUGGAUGUUCUACUGUUAUUCAUACUCACAGCUCUUCUGCUAACUUGAUAACUCAACUUCUUGGUAAUUCAUGUUUCUAUGAAAUUUCUCAUCAAGAGUACUUAAAAGGAGUUUGGAAUCCUUUCACUGGUAAAACACUUGCGAACACAGAUACGCUAUCUAUUCCAAUUAUUGAUAACAAACCCAGUGAAAUUGAAUUGAUUAAUGAUCUCUCCAGUAUUCUCUCAGAACCAAUUUGUUCUUGCGCAGUUCUCGUCAGGAAUCACGGACUCUUUGUUUGGGGUCCAACCUGGGAGCAAACGAAAAUAACAACUGAGUGUAUUGAGUAUCUCUUGGAACUAUCGAUCCAGAUGAAGCGAUUCGGAAUUUCUUUGGUGAAAACUGAGAACAAUGACGACAAGUGUCAUCAACAACCCAACUAUCAAUCAACAUUCCUCACAUGA